GAGGGAGCCCGGCCUCCCCGGGGCCCGGGCCCCGGCGCUCCCCAUUGGAGCAGGCGGGCGUGACGCGCGGGGCCGCGGCUGGCUAUUUGAGGCAGGAGGCGGAGGGAAGCCGACACACACACACGGUGGGGGCAGCGCACACGCGUGAGGACACGGGCGCCCGGCCCCGCUGCUGGCUGAAGCCGCCGGGCUGCAGAACCACAACCGCGCAGGGAGGCGGCCCCAAGGGCAGCGCCCGCUGAUCGCCGGGGAGACGGGCCGAGCGGCCCUGGCCUUUCAGCUGCGCGGGACGCGGACCCUCACCCCGGCCCCGUGGGCAUCUGCUCGGAGCGGGACUGAAUCUGGGAAAGUUUUGUUCCGCAGGCAGCGCGGCGGGAUUUACAGCAGCCGCCCCCUCCCGUGGUGGGGACUAGACACCGGGGGCAGGGGUUGUUCGGCCCUUGUUUAAAUACUGGGGCUGGGAACUUGCUGGUCUCUCUGCAGAUGUUUAACCCUUGCCCGGAAGAAGGAUCCGAGUCGCCUUUCAAAGAGGAUCCAAUGGUUGGCAGCAGCUCAGCGCGGGCUGGGCUUUAACUCUUGGAGGCUUUCUGGAUUGACUCUGCUGCUCCUCCUUUUGGGGAAACUCUUUGCCUGUAUCCCUCCUGGGGUCUUCCUUUGCAACCCUGCCUGUGGUCUUGAGGCUGAGAUCUUCAAGCAAAGGUGAGCACUGGCACUCAUGCACUACUGCAUCAUUCUGCUCCCCAGAAAAGGUGCUGGGGGCUUUUGAGCAAGAGCUGCAGUUUAAAAUCUUAAGUAUCCAGGUAGUGGGACUUGACUUUAGAAUAGCUGUCCUCUUGCUCAUGCCACUGCCCCAUGGCUGCCUCAAUGGCAGGAUCAUGAAGUGUUUGACUUUCUUUCUUCUGCUUCCAGAGACCUUAAAGAAGUCCAAAAAGAGCGUGAGGUCAAACGGCAAGGGGCCAGCAUGCUAUGAGAUAGUGCCCCUGUCCCUGAAGAAGAAGAUGGCUGCAGAGCUUUACCCUGCCAGUGCUAACACCAAUAUUGCAAACAGUAAUAACGCUGCUGCUGCCGCUGCUGCUGCCAAUAGCAAGAAAAACGCCCUUCAGCUUCAGCAGAGUGCCCAGCCACCGCCACCACCGCAACUGCAAAACCUGAACAACAACAAUUUGGAGAGCUCCAACUGGCAGUCCUUCCACCCCACCCUGCGGGAGAGGAACGCAUUGAUGUUCAAUAACGAACUUAUGGCUGAUGUACAUUUUAUCGUAGGCCCCCUGGGGGCAUCAAAGAAAGUUCCUGCCCAUAAGUAUGUUUUGGCAGUUGGUAGCUCUGUCUUCUAUGCUAUGUUUUAUGGUGAUCUUGCAGAGGUCAGAUCUGAAAUCCAUAUACCAGAUGUGGAACCUGCAGCCUUUCUAAUCUUAUUAAAGUAUAUGUAUAGUGAUGAAAUUGACCUGGAAGCUGACACAGUGCUUGCUACUCUGUAUGCUGCCAAGAAGUAUAUCGUCCCAGCCUUAGCAAAGGCUUGCGUCAAUUUUCUGGAGACUAGUUUAGAGGCUAAAAAUGCUUGUGUUCUGCUGUCUCAGAGCAGACUCUUUGAGGAGCCAGAAUUGACGCAGCGCUGCUGGGAAGUAAUUGAUGCUCAAGCAGAAAUGGCAUUGAAAUCAGAAGGCUUCUGUGAAAUUGAUCAACAAACACUAGAGAUCAUUGUAACCAGGGAAGCACUAAACACUAAGGAGGUGGUAGUUUUUGAGGCUGUUCUUAAUUGGGCAGAGGCUGAAUGCAAAAGACAAGGCCUACCAAUUACACCAAGGAACAAGAGGAAUGUAUUAGGAAAAGCUUUAUAUUUGGUGCGGAUUCCAACUAUGACUUUGGAGGAGUUUGCCAAUGGAGCUGCUCAAUCUGACAUCCUUACCCUUGAGGAAACGCAUAAUAUAUUCUUAUGGUAUACAGCUGCAAAUAAACCCAAGCUAGAAUUUCCACUGACAAAAAGAAAAGGACUUGUACCUCAAAGAUGCCAUCGAUUUCAAUCCUCCGCAUAUCGUAGUAACCAAUGGAGGUACAGAGGUCGCUGUGACAGUAUCCAAUUUGCUGUAGAUAAAAGGAUAUUCAUAGCCGGACUAGGCUUGUAUGGAUCAAGCUGUGGUAAAGCUGAAUACAGCGUCAAAAUUGAACUUAAACGUCUAGGAAUUGUUCUUGCUCAAAAUCUGACAAAGUUUACCUCUGAUGGAUCCAGUAAUACUUUCUCUGUGUGGUUUGAACACCCUGUGCAGGUUGAGCAAGACACAUUUUACAACGUAAGUGCCAUUCUUGAUGGCAAUGAACUUAGUUAUUUUGGGCAAGAGGGAAUGACUGAAGUACAAUGUGGAAAAGUAACAUUCCAAUUCCAGUGCUCCUCAGACAGUACCAAUGGAACUGGAGUACAAGGAGGACAAAUACCUGAACUCAUUUUCUAUGCAUGAUGCAUUUCACUUUGAUUGUAUUCCAGUACUGCUAUUCACACUAAAGGAUGUUUUGAUUACCACAAACCUCUACAGCAGUGUGGAAUGUUACACUACUUACUUAUCUACUACAUCAGGCUAUCAAAAUAAGUGAAGGAAUGCUCUUGAAUUUAAUCUUAUUUUAUUUAUUCAUAAGAUAUUUGACUUAAUUAAACCUGCAACAUGCAGAAAAAUGUUAAAUUCUGCACGUAAUGUGCAUUUAUUUUGUAUAUAGAUAACUAACUUGCAGACUGCAGCUGACGUAAGCAGGAUGUUCUAAACUAGAGCAGUUUAUGAAUCUGUGAAAUAUAAAACAUUUUUACUUGCCCUAAAACCUGUGUACUUGAUCAUUGCUGAUUUUAUGGCUAGUGACCAUGUUAAUAUCUCUGUAGUACAGUUUAGUGGUGGGAUUCCUAUGAAAAUGAUAAACAGAACAUUCAGACUACUGUGUGUGACUAUAAAAGGCAUAACUAUCAGCACAAAUAUAGAGAUAGCUUUGCAAGGUAACUAAAGCUCUCCACAAACAGGCGGACUAUACAGUUUCUUCCCUCCUCUGAGGUAAAUGUAUAAGGAAGCACCGUUUUCUUAAACUUCCGUGACAAAGCAGAAAGGUUUGAGCGACUGCAAAGCUGAUUUAAAAACAUAUCCUAAGCUUUUAUUUGAAACCUUACAAGCUUUCAUUCAGAUUAAGUUCUCUACAGCUACUGCAUUUGCUCUUUGUGGAGUUAGGGAAGCUUUAGAUUAAACUGACAUCUGUCCCAUUUUCAAGUAAGUUGCAACAGACUGGCCUAAUGUCUUGGCCCUUGUCUACACAUAGUUAAAAACAGAUUUGUUAAAUUGGUACAGAAACUGUGUGUGGACUAGGAUAAUUAGAAACCAAUGUAUGAAGUAAGAACUUUGACUCAGUUUUAUAUAGAUUUGGUAAAAGUUACAGUACUAAGCCACAUUUAAAUGCAGCUUAAAUUUGUAGGGUUUUUAUAUAUCUA